AAUGAUGUUGACAAUGUCCAUGGCUCGACUUCCGGGUUUGACUUUUGCAUGCAAGUUUUUUAUCAAAGUCGUUAGAUUCAUGCUCAAGCAUCCAGAAGUAAUAGCUUUUAUAUCGGCCGUAGUAUUCACAUACGUUAAUCAAUAUUCCUAUGGAUCCGGAAAUAAUCAGCAAUCUAUUACGAGGGAACAACUUCCACCAACGCCCUUUUUUCCCCCUACUUCUUAUGUCAUUGAUGCUCAUAAUGGAGACAUGCAGAAUGCAAUUAAAUUAUUAAAAACCGGUUAUUAUAUUCUCGUUUAUUAUUAUGCCCCAUGGUGUGCUAGAUCAGUAUCAGCUCGCAGUGAGUUUGAAAAAACAUCAAGAUACCUUCUUACAGAGCAAAAUUCAACUUUACGCUUUGUUGCCAUAAAUUGCUGGUGGCCAGAUGGUGCCUGCCGACAACAAAAUCGUUUUCUAUCUUUUCCUACUCUGUAUUUAUUUAAGCAAGGAUGGAAUGGUAUUAAAUAUAAUGGUUUAUUAACUUCAGAGGAGAUUAUUUCAUGGGUUUCUAUCAUGAUGAAACCUUAUACGUAUCUCCCAACAAUAGAGAGAGUAGAAUCUUUUACAAAGUUAAACGAGUUCUCUGUUAUUGCUUUUAUCGACCCUUUGGCAAACAAUAGAACAAACUUGACUCAAUUUCAUUUCGCUUCGAUUCGUUUUCACGAAGCAGAUACUAUUACUGAUGUUAAAUUUGGAGUGGUUACAAAUAUUUUUACCGCUAAAGUACUUCAUCUUCAUCAAUCCGGUCAAAUUGUUUUCUUAAGAACAUUUAACUCUUCAAUCUAUUAUACUGGUAAAGAUUUUACAAGUAGUGCACUCAAAGAAUGGGUAACACUAUGCAAAUCACAAAGUCAGACGUUUGUCGGGAAGUGGCAACCGUCUUACACUAAAAGUUUAGGUCUUUCAAGUUUGUUAAAGAGUAAGAAUUUGUUACUUAUAUUUUCACCUGAACAUUCAUUACUGCCUCCUAAUGGCAAUUUAUCUUAUAUUGUUCGUUCCGCUGCAUUACAAUACUAUUCCUGCUACAACGAAACUCCUGUAAGAAUUGAUACGAUCCUUAAAGAAAUGGAAGAUGACUAUAGGACCAAAGUGAAAACUUAUUCUGAACUGGCUGAUUUCUGCUCAAAUAAUAGAAAAACGUUUCUUAGGACAAAGUGCUGUGCUUGCACAUUAGUCGGAAGUGAUAUUUGUAUUACUGGUCAAUCUCCGUGCAGUUUUAUUGACAAUGCUGUUAAUUCGAUUAUUCCUGCAACCUAUGCUCAUUCUAUAUCCAAUAGAAUAAAGCAUGUGGAGCACACUAGAUGUCAGUUACAAAAUUUUAGGAAAGCUAAUCGUUGGACUUCAAGCAAAACAAAUCUACCCAGCGCUAUAAAUUUAGAGGGGAAUAAAUUCCAAUUUAAUAAUUGGGGUUGUUCUAAUAAAUCCUUAAACAUUCGAAUACUCAAUUCGAAAAAGUCAUGGGUUUUGGCCAAUAGAUUGGGUUUAAAAGAUGAUGAUUUUAAUAUAGGAAAAGCUGUAAUAAUAGAUAAAAGUAGAGAAUUAGUAAGCAUAAUGAAAGAAGAAAUAACAUUUGAAAAUUUAUCGAAAUUCAUAUUCGACUAUCACGAAAAUAAUCUCAAGGAAAACAAGGCCGAACCAGAAUCAGAUAUUCCUCAGUGUAAUCCUUCAGCACCAGCCUGUGUUGUCUCUUUAAAUUCCAAAAAUUUUAAGUCUUUCAUUUCGCAAGACAAAGAUGUUAUUGUAUAUUUUACAAGCCCAAAUUGUGCUUCUUGUUUGACUUAUAAUCAUAUCUACAUCGAAUUAGCCAGGUACUUUAAUCAUACAAAAUUUUUAUCAUUUGGAAAGAUAGAUGUGAGAAAUGUUCCCAUAAGACUUAAACCUGUCAGAGUACCAUCUUUAAUAUUGUUUCCAGCUUAUGAUAAAGAUGACUCAACUGUUAUAGAAGCCAAGAAAUCAAAAGAAGAGCUAGUUGCAUGGGUGGUGGAGAAUAUCCAAGCUCGCCUUGUCUUAUCCGACGGAUUCAACUGUAAUAAAGAAUGUAUUGAAUACAAUCUAAAUAGGACAGACUAUUGGAUAAAAUUCUUAUACAAUCAGAUAGAAAAAAUUGAGACUAGAGAAGUUCGUCUCAAUCAAAAGAAAAAUCUUAAAGAUAUUGAAAGUUUUUACGUUAAAUACUUAGAGCUUUCUAGAACUUAUAAAAAAGAGCAAUUAAUUAACAUAUACAGAAUCAAUACUUUACUAUCUAACUCUGAUAUUCAUAAAGAUACUCUUAGUAAUAUUUUAGGAGAAAGCAAAUUGAAAGAAAUCUUUAAUAGUUUGAAAAAUCUGAAUAUAAAUGGUGAAACUCGAGGUGCUGGGUAG